AGGAUGGACUCCAGCAACCUGGCCAUCUGCAUUGGCCCAAAUAUGCUGAGCCCAGGCACGGACAGCACGCUCCCGCUGGAAGUGCAGAAGGAGAUGAAUGACAAGGUGACAGUGCUGGUGGAGUUCCUCAUAAACAACUGCAUGGAAAUAUUUGAGGGAGACAUUUCCUUCCCUGCCUGUGCCUUGGCUGAGGAGUCACCAGAGCACACAGACAGCUCCACAGGUGAGAUGAAACUUGAAAGUUUCAAUGCUGGCUUCAGAAAUCUGUGGGUGUGAAAUGUCCUCUCAAGAACCAUUUUCAGAAGAGCAGAACACAUUACAGAGGAUGUGACACUGCA